GUGGGGCUUUUGGCAUUUGUGUGAGGGCUCUCCAAUGAGACUCACAGCAGGACAAGGCUCCAGCCUUCUGUUUUUUUUUAACAGCAGCCCCCUCCAGUAGGGUUGGGGCAUGGGAGGAACCUGCCCAAACUCAAAAAAUACUGAUAUGCAGCACCUUAUGAGGAUGUGCAGCCUAGACAGGACACACUGCAACAUCUAGAAGGACAAGGACAGCUGAAACUGUAACUCUGGUAAGAUGAUAAAGUCCUUCAAGCAAACAUUUCUGUCCCUGGACCUGACGUCCCCUCGCUGGAGCUCAGCAGAGGCAGUGGCAAAGGACUAUGAACUGCGUCAGUAUGAGACAGCAAAGUGGGUCAGCACAGUCAUUAGGGGAGAAACCCAGAAGGAAGCAAUGCGCCAGGGCUUCUGGAAACUCUUCCACUACAUCCAAGGAAAGAACGAAAAAGAAAUGAAGAUUGAUAUGACUGUGCCAGUGACCUGCCUGGUAAAAUCAGGCUGCACAGACUUCAAGAUCUCUUUCUUUGUGCCAUUUGAACACCAGGACUGCCCCCCACAGCCCACUGACUCCAAUGUGUUCAUUGAGGAAAGGAAGGCAGCACCUGUCUUUGUCCGGUCCUUCGGUGGAUUUGCCACCCCAGAGAAAUAUGCUGAGGAAGCUGACAUCUUGGCCAGAACCUUAAGAAACAGAGGCCAACCAUUCCACGAAGACUUCUUUUACACUGCAGGCUAUGACAGUCCCUUCAAGCUCUUUAACAGGCAUAAUGAAGUGUGGUAUUUUAAAAAGUAACAUGAUGGGAGAAUAUUAAGAGGCUACUAAUCAGCUCUGGAUGAAAACAGACCUUAGUAUUGGCUUUUUGCUCUAGUGCAGAAGGGCAUUAAUUUGAAUAGACACAAUGUCUUUACUUUCUCUAGGAUGAAGCACUCUUCUGGCUAAAACCAGUUCAAAAUGCAAUUCAAGACACCAGGUGGACAGAGCAGGAAACAAACUUACUCCUCUUAUUGAAAGGUUCUAAGCAACAAUAUCUGAAAAUAAUCUUGUUGAAGUUUAGCUACAUAGCUUUACUUCCUAUUAGACAUGCUACAGCACUAGUUGAAGUGUUAUGGAAAGGGAGUUCUUCCUAACUGACUUUCAUAAAUUGACUUUCCUCAUAUUGACAUCACCCUUGACACCAGGGAUAUAUUUAAAUGAACUUUUAAGAGAAGCAAGUUUCCAUUAAUGAGCAUUAGAAAGCAAAAACAUCUUAGCAGAUGUUUUUUAGUGACUCAUAAACAGUAACUGUUAUUAAUCAGUAUUAUCAAAAUCUCACACCUCUCCAACUGAACUUUUUUUCCUCCUGAAGACCAAAUGUGUUGUUUAAAUUCAGAACCCUUGGAAAAGGGUUACCAAGUCCAAGCUGUACACUUGUUCUGAGAUCUGCACCUGAACAUGUAAUACCAGGAUUACUAGUAGACUAUUAUUUUAGUAGCAAAUAAACAAGUUUAGCUCUUACCUUAAACACUUGAAAUACUCCUUAAGUUAUUUAGCUUUGUCUAAAUAUGGUCACCUGCAGCCUGCACACCAGCAGUACUUGACACCUCAGAUAAGACUAGGUGUCUAAUAUAGUUUAGUCCCUGCACUAAAUUAAACAUUUUCAAUCUUAAUAUAGCAGACUGAAGGUGUUUUACAUCAAGUUGUUCCAGCCAGAAAGGAUCUCACAACGCCAGGUAGGGUUUGCAGAUUUUUAUUGGCUCCAAUCAGCAUCAGGCAAACAUUACCAGUGAGGUAAGAACAUACUGGCUUUUUUAGUGCUGUUCAUGCAAGUGUAACCCAUUUAUGAGCAAUCUUCCACCUAUUAAGACAGACGUAAGAAUCAUUAUAAGGUACCAAACCAGCCCAACACACUGGAUGGGAACAUCUCAGACCAUAGAUUUUCAUCUCUGUUCAGUGAGAGAGUUCAAGCUAAGGUUGUCAUCACUUGUUCCAACAAAUAACAUAAUUACAACAGUUACACUCACCUUCUCAAAUCUUCAUUUGCCAGCUUCAGAGUUGCCGCUUUACCUAAAUUAGAAAAAAACCAGUUUGCAUACAUAGCAGCACAACUGCUAAAAGCUCCACAACAGCUUUGUAACCUCAGAUGGAAAAGGAACGGAAAGGGUAAUAUCACAGUAACUCAUUUGGCAGAAUCAAUUUCAUCAGUGGCUACAAAUAUUUCCAGAAGUUUUUAAUUCAAUUAGUUUGCUGUGUGUACUUACCCACAGUGAGGCUGCAGACAGAAGUCCCUUCCUAACAAAGAAAAGUACUUUCAGAAUAAGAGCAGCAUUAUAUAUGCAAAGUUUACUUAUCCAUUAAUUUCUAUUCAUCAAACUAUUUUACAUAAAAGGAAACUGACUUUUAGCUGGCCUCUUAUGAGUUCAACUUGCAACACCCAAAUAGGAUACACAAAGCUUACAACUGCUAACUUAAUUGGAAAUACAAAACUGCUAACAUUGGAAGAAUCAUUUUAUUUUAAUUCCAGAGUGCCAUGUUACAGUAGUGCCCACAGAACAGGCACAUACAAUAAAGGGAAGACAAAGCAGGUAUCUUAUAGGACUAAUUCUAUGCACCACUAUUAAAGCAUUCAGCGCAAUGACACUAUUCCAGAAAUUAUUAAACCCCAUGUAUUCUACACUUACCUCAGACACAUCUAUCUUGUUUCGUAAAUUCCAUGCAAGCUUCACCCUGUGAAGAUGUGAAAUUGUACUAGCAUAUUUUUGGCAGUGGUUUUAGAGUGUGAUUGUGGGUACUGUUUCAGCACAAGAGUUCUCCUCAGCCUCUUUCAGAGAGAUUCCCAUUGCUUAGAAUUCAUCACAAACAGUACAUGCCAAGACCAGGUUAAUGUUAAAUCUCUGGUUUGUCCUUUAAAGGGGAUCUGACCUUGAAAUUUGGGACCUUACUCCCAACCGUAUCUUCAUUCACUUCACCAUAAGAGCUCUGAUCUAGCCAUUGAGAUAAACCGUUUACCACAUAAGCAUUCAAGAUCAGUGCUACUCCAUGAUAGAGUCCACUAAAUUUAAACAGCAAGAAGUUUAAUAGCAAGUAAUUGUAUUGCAUUUGUUCAGCCCAGAAUGUGUGGCAACAUGGUAGCAUAGAGCUUUUUUUAACAAACAGGAAUUUAAAUAGUCCACAGCAGUUACACAUUUUAAAUGGUCACCACUAUUUGUUUUUAGUCACAGAAAGCAGAUAAUUUUAAGUUUGAGAUAUGCAGCACCUUGGGUGAAUGAAUCCUACAGGCUGCUGGCAAAUCUGUGAGCUUUUUACCUGGAAAGUAUAAUUAAAUCAUCAAGAACCCUGCUUAAUGCUGCAGCUGCACUGUAAAGGUAAGAAUCCAGUAACUUUCUCAUUCCCUGUAUCACACAGUUCUAACCAGUCACUCAUGUGUUAGCAACUUACUUUUGCUGGGAGCACUACCAGGUCCAUCACUUCCCAGUUCCAUCACACCUGGAUCAAAGCAAAUCAUUAGGACAGUACAGAAACAAGCACAGAAGGAAGACAUUCAAGUCAGGUGCCUGCAGUCAGAUAGAGCUAAUUAAAGACCUCCAUGAUUGAAGUCAAGGCAGUCAUAUCUCAUCACACAGGCAGCUCACACUGUCAGCCGCUGUGCAGCCUUGCUAAAGGACUAGGCUGCUAUGGGGAAGAGGGCAAAUACUUUAAAUAGUGCUAGCAGAGCAAAUUCAAGAGCUCACAAUGAUAAGUUUAGCACACACCAGCCUGUAAAGACUGGGCACCAGUGAGCUGUCCCCCUUUAAAACACCCUCCUGUUUUGGCCAAGAUGCAAGCCACUACCAACCUUGCCCCUUUUCCCCUAGCUGAUAAGCUGUUAAAAACUUACAAGCCUAUGAUGAAGUCCUAAUUCUUAGAAGUUAAAACAAGUACUUACUUCACAGUGAGAAACAUUAGGAAGUCUGCGAAGAAGAAUUUGCUAUUAGGCAGGGUCCAGCAGAAGUUAUAGCAGUAAGAACAGUUAAAGUAAAAUACUGUAUCAGGGUUUGGUCAAGUUUUAUCCUCAUGGGGAUCAGAGAC